GACACAGUUGGUGGCAGCAAUGCACUGAUAGGACAGUUGCUCUGUUUUAGAACAGUGUGUCCCUGGCCAUGAGCCUGACCAAUACCGGUGUUUACUUUACUAAACAGAUACGGUCGAUAUAAAGAGUUUUCGCCGUAUGGGGAAAAACUUGAACGCGCAUUUUAUGUACCUUCAGCGUCCCAGGACAUCGAGCUUGGAAUAAAUAAACGAUUUAUGUAAACGCGGCCUUUUUGGUUGCGUCUACUUGGAUAAGUGAACUGAAGCUUAUCUACACGGUGUCUGACGUUGAUGGAUGCCUUGAAAUAGGACUGGGAAAGGCUUCAAAUAGCCAAUCCGAAAUUGGCUAAAGUCGGUGUUUAACAUAAACCUACAGAUCCGGUUUCCGUGAACCGUUAUUCUACUUGAGGUUCUGAUAAAGUAACCCAAAAUACAAUGGCAGCAACUGCCCGGCGAAUGCCGAUGGGUGUGCGGACAUUCAGUGAGUUUUUGGAGAUUGCUGUAGGCUCUGGGCGUUCACCAUGUCACACCGCGGGGUCAAGAGAACAUAUGAGACAGACUAUCAGACACUUGUCAUCAUGUGGUAUUGUAAUGACUAGGACUCCCAGAGUGCUUUGCCAUCAGCAGAAUUGGGACACAAUGACAUCAGUUCCCCACAGCAGAAACUUCAUGGGGUUUACAAAUAAGAGAAAGGAGUACUCCGAGCGGAGGAUACUGGGGUACUCUAUGCUGGAGAUGUAUGAUGUGGUAGCCAACGUGGAUGACUACAAACUCUUUGUCCCCUGGUGUAAGAAGUCCCAGACCAUCAUGAAGAGGGCAGGCCACUCCAAAGCUCAGCUAGAGGUGGGAUUCCCACCCAUCGUAGAGCGAUACACAUCCAUGAUCAGCGUGGUGCGACCCCACAUGGUCAAAGCGGUGUGCACAGAUGGAACACUUUUUAACCACCUGGAGACGAUAUGGCGCUUCAGUCCUGGAAUCCCUGGUUAUCCCCGCACCUGCACUGUGGACGUUUCGAUCUCGUUUGAGUUCCGCUCCUUGCUCCACUCUCAGUUAGCAACUGUGUUUUUUGACGAGGUGGUAAAGAAGAAUGUGUCUGCCUUUGAGCGCCGGGCCGGAACGCUCUACGGCCCACAGACUCGCGUCCCACGGGAGUUAAUGUUCCAUGAGGUACACCAAACGUGAGGUCCAUCUGCCAUUGUGUGCCCUUGACCCAAAACAGCCUGCACCUUCACCCUGGCUGUCCCCUGUAUCACCUAGCUGGACCUGCAUGACACUACACCACCAACCACCUCCAUUGCCACCCAGGUGCCAUUAGCCUGGUCCCAGAACUGUUUGUGCCGUCUUGCCAACUCCUAGGGUCACACUGGCGUGAGACAGCACUUCUGAGAUCUUGGACCAUCUGGGACCAGGCUAAGAGGCCACUUCGUGCAACCUCACAUCACAGAGUAAGGACCAAGCAAUCAGUGUGGGCAUCAGCCCAGCGAAACACCCUUCACAACUAGUUGAAAGUCCCAUAUCUUAGCCUGGAUCAUGUCUUGUAAAAAUCUGCCAUCUACCUCCUCACAAGGGUUACUCUUCAAUGUUGCAUUGGUGCUUGUGCACAAUUUAAAUAGAAGAAUCCUUCUUCCAAAUCUAGUUGUAAAACAAAAAACAAAACAUAUUGCAACAGAUUUAAUGUAUUGCUGUGUAAGCGUGAGUGAACAGGACACAAUAUUGAGUCAACCGAUGACAUGGACCAUUUUGAGUCUGUCAUACAGUAUGUCUGUUGAUGCUUCAGAUUGUUGGAAGAAUGGAUGCAGGUGCACUCCACUUACCUGCCACAUUAAAGUCGUACAUUCAUGUCAAAUUAAUUUAUCUUAGAAAUAUAUUUUAAAUGUACAGUAUUGCUUAUACCAAGAAGUGCUUAUUUAAAAUGUAUUUGUUUUGAAGUUAUUGAUUAUAAAUAUACACUGAGUAUACAAAACAUUAGGAACACCUACUCUUUCCAUGAGAGUUUUCACCUGGUCAGUCUAUGAUCCCUUAUUGAUGGAACCUGUUAAAUUUACUUCAAUCAGUGUAGAUGAAGGGGAGGAGACAGAUUAAAGAAGGAUUUUUAAGCCUUGAGACAAUUGAGACAUGGAUUGUGUAUGUGUGUCAUUCAGAGGGUGAAUGGGCAAGACAAAAAAGUGAAGUGCCUUUGAACGGGGUAUGGUAGUAGGUACACCAGUUGGUGUCAAGAACUGCAACACUGCUGGGUUUUUCACACAAGUUUCCGUGUGUAUCGAGAAUGGUCCACCAACCCAAGGACAUCCAGCCAACUUGACACAACUGUGGGAAGCAUCGGAGUCAACAUGGGCCAGCAUCCCUGUGGAACGCUUUUAACAUCUUGUAGAGUCCAUGCCCUGACAAAUUGAGUCUGUUCUGAGGGCAAAGGGGGGGUUGGGGGGUGCAACUCAAUAUUAGGAAGGUGUUCCUAAUAUGUUAUAAUUGUGUGUGUGUACAGUCGUGGCCAAAAGUUUUGAGAAUGUCUGUUUCAAAGUCUGCUGCCUCAGUUUGUAUGAUGGCAAUUUGCAUAUACUCUAGAAUGUUAUGAUCAGAUUAAUUGCAAUUACUUGCAAAUUAACUGAAACCCCAAAAACAUUUCCACUGCAUUUCAGCCCUGCCACAAAAUGACCAGCUGACAUCAUGUCAGUGAUUCUCUCGUUAAGACAGGUGUGAGUGUUGAUGAGGACAAGGCUGGAGAUCACUCUGUCAUGCUGAUUGAGUUUGAAUAACAGACUGGAAGCUUCAAAAGGAGGAUGGUGCUUGGAAUCAUUGUUCUUCCUCUGUCAAUCAUGGUUACCUGCAAGGAAACACGUGCCGUCAUCAUUGCUUUGCACAAAAAGGGCUUCACAAGCAAGGAUAUUGUUGCCAGUAAGAUUGCACCCUAAUCAACCAUUUAUCGGAUCAUCAAGAACUUCAAGGAGAGCGGUUCAAUUGUUGUGAAGAAGGCUUCAGGGUGCCCAAGAAAGUCCAGCAAGCGCCAGAACCGUCUCCUAAAGUUGAUUCAGCUGCAGGAUCGGGGCACCACCAGUACUGAGCUUGCUCACGAAUGGCAGGUGUGAGUGCAUCUGCACACACAGUGAGGCAAAGACUUUGAGGAUGGCUUGGUGUCAAGAAGGGCAGCAAAGAAGCCACUUCUCUCCAGGAAAAACAUCAGGGACAGACUGAUAUUCUGCAAAAGGUACAGGGAUUGGACUGCUGAGGACUGGGGUAAAGCCAUUUUCUCUGAUGAAUCCCCUUUCCGAUUGUUUGGGGCAUCCGGGAAAAAAGCAAGGCCAGAUAAAACAAGGUGAGCGCUGCCAUCGGUCCUGUGUCAUGUCAAAAGUAAAGCAUCCUGAGACCAUUCAUAUGUGGGGUUGCUUCUCAGCCAAGGGCGUGGGCUCACUCACAAUUUUGCCUAAGAACACAGCCAUGACUAAAGAAUGGUACCAACACAUCCUCAGAGAGCAAUUUCUCCCAACCAUCCAGGAACAGUUUGGUGAUGAACAAGGCCUUUUCCAGCAUGAUGGAGCACCUUGCCAUAAGGCAAAAGUGAUUACGAAAUGGCUCGGGGAACAAAACAAUCGAUAUUUUGGGUCCAUGGCCAGGAAACUCCCCAGACCUUUAAUCCCAUUGACAAUUUGUGGUCAAUCCUCAAGAGGCGGGUGGACAAACAAAACCCCACAAAUUCUGACAAACUCCAAACAUUGACUAUACAAGAAUGGGCUGCCAUCAGUCAGGAUGUGGCCCAGAAGUUAAUUGACAGCAUGCCAGAGCGGCUUGCUUGUCUUGAAAAAGAAGGGUGCAAAUAUUGACUCUUUGCAUCAACUUCAUGUAAUUGUCAAUAAGCCGUUGACACUUAUGAAUUGCUUGUCAUUUACUUCAGUAUUCCAUAGUAACAUCUGACAAAAAUGUCUUAAGACACUGAAGCAGCAAACUGUGGAAAUUAAUAUUUGUGUCAUUUUCAAAACUUUUGACCACGACUGUAUUGUGGUCACAUAGAAAUGUACUUUCCUUUUUGUCCAUUCGAAAUAGCAUCAAAUUGAUCAGAAAUAUAGUGUAGACAUUGUUAAUGUUGUAACUGACUAUUGUAGCUGGACAUCUAGGCAGAGUUGCAAAGAAAAAGCCAAAUCUCAAACUGGCCAAUAAAAAGAAAAUAUUAAGAUGGGCAAAAGAACACAGACACUGGACAGAGGAACUCUGCCUAAAAGGCCAGCAUCCUGGAGUUGCCUCUUCACUGUUGAAGUUGAGACUGGUGUUUUGCGAUACUAUUUAAAGAAGCUGCCAGUUGAGGACUUGUUUCUGUUUCUCAAACUAGAAACUAAUGUACUUGCCCUCUUGCUCAGUUGUGCACCGGGGCCUCCCACCCCUCUUUCUAUUCUGGUUAGAGACAGUUUUCGCUGUUCUGUGAAGGGAGUAGUACACACCGUUGUACGAGAUCUUCAGUUUCUUGACAAUUUCUCAACUAGUCUAAAGAAGGCCAUUAUUAUUGCUUAUUUAAUCAGGACGACAGUUUUCAGCUGUGCUAACAUAUUUGCAAAAGUGUGUUCUGAUGGUUGCUGAUAAUGGGCCUCCAUAGAUAUUCCAUAAAAAAAUCUGCCGUUUCCAGCUGCAAUAGUCAUUUACAACAUUAACGAUGUCUACACCGUAUUUCUGAUCAAUUUGAUGUUUAUUUUAAUGGACAAAAGUGUUUUCCUUUCAAAAACAGGGACAUUUCUAAGUGACCCCAAACUUUUGAACGGUAAUGUGUGUGUAAUUAAUAUGUAUUUGUGUGUGUGAGUGUGUAUAUAUAUAUAUAUAUAUUACAGUUGAAGUCAGAAGUUUUACAUACCGUAGCCAAAUAUAUUUAAACUCAGUUUUUCACAAUUCCUGACAUUUAAUCCUAGUAAAAAUUCCUUGUCUUAGGUCAGUUAUCACCACUUUAUUUUAAGAAUGUGAAAUGUCAAAAUAAUAGUAUGUACUAAUGGAAUGAUUUAUUUCAGCUUUUAUUUCUUUCAUUACAUUCCCAGUGGGUCAGAAGUUUACACACACUCAAUUAGUAUUUGGUAGCAUUGCCAUUUAAAUUGUUUAACGUGGGUCAAACGUUUCCACAAGCUCCCACAAUAAGUUGGGUGAAUUUUGGCCCAUUCCUCCUGACAUAGCUGGUGUAACUGAGUCAGGUUUGAAGGUCUCCUUGCUUGCACACGCUUUAUCAGUUCUGCCCACAAAUGUUCUAUAGGAUUAAGGUCAGGACUUUGUGAUGGCCACUCCAAUACCUUGACUUUGUUGUCCUUAAGCCAUUUUGCCACAACUUUGGAAUUGUGCUUGGGGGUCAUUGUCCAUUUGGAAGACCCAUUUGCGAGCAAGCUUUAACUGAUGUCUUUGAGACGUUACUUCAAUAUGUCCACAUAAUUUAGCUUCCUCAUGAAGCCAUCCAUUUUGUGAAGUGCACCAGUCCCUCCUGCAACAAAGCAUCCCCACAACAUGAUGCUGCCACCCCUGUGUUUCACGGUUGGGAUGGUGUUCUUUGGCUUGCAAGCCUCCCCCCUUUUCCUCUAAACAUAACGAUGGUCAUUAUGGACAAACAGUUCUAUUUUUGAUUUAUCAAAGUAGAUGUUCUAACUGACUUGCCAAAACUAUAGUUUGUUAACAAGAAAUUUGUGGAGUGGUUGCAAAACGAGUUAACGACUGCAACCUCAGUGUAUGUAAACUUCCGACUUCAACUGUGUGUGUGUGCGUGUGUGCGUGUGUGCGUGUGUGUGUGUGUACACACAUAUAUCAACACACAGUACCCGUCAAAAGUUUGGACACACCUACUCAUUUGCAAGUUUUUCUUUAUUUUUACAAAUAGGAAAGACAUCACAAUUAUGAAAUAAAACAUAUGGAAUCAUGUAGUAACCAAAAGUGUUAAACAAAUCCAAAUAUAUUAUAAAUAUAUUAUAUAUUUGAGAUUCAUCAAAGUAGCCACCACACUGUCUUGAUGGCAGCUUUGCACACUCUUAGCAUUCUCUCAACCAGCUUCACCUGUAAUGCUUUUUAAACAGUUUUGAAGGAGUUCCUACAUAUGGUUAGCACUUCUUGGCUCCUUCUCCUUCACUCUGCUUUCCAACUAAUCCCAAACCAUCUCAAUUGGGUUGAGGUCGGUUGAUUGUGGAGGCCAGGUCAUCAGAUGCAGCACUAUCAUUCUCCUUCUUGGUCAAAUAGCCCUGACACAGCCUGCAGGUGUGUUGGGUCAUUGUCCUGUUGAAAAACAAAUGAUCGUCCCACUAAGAGCAAACCAGAGGUGAUGGCGUAUCGCUGCAGAAUGCUGUGGUAGCCAUAAUGGUUAAGUGUGCUUUGGAUGCUAAAUAAAUCACGAACAGUGGCACCAGCAAAUAAUCAUCACAUCUUCUCCAUGCUUCACGGUGGGAACCACACAUGCAGAGAUCAUCCAUUCAUCUACUCUGCGUCUCAGACACAGCGGCUGGAACCAAAACUCUCACAUUUGGUACAGAUCUCCUUCAGUCUAAUGUCCAAUGCGCAUGCUUUUUAGCCCAAGCAAGUCUCUCUUCUUAUUAUUGGUGUCCUGUUAGUGGUUUCUUUGCAGAAAUCCAACCAUUUAGGCCUGAUUCAUGCAGUCUCUUCUGAACAGUUGUUGUUGAUGUCUGUUUCCUGUGGCAGUCCUCAUGAGAGCCAGUUUCAUCAUAGCGCUUGAUGGGUUUUACAACUGCACUUGAAGAAACUUUAAAUUUUCCAGAUUGACUGACCUUCAUGUCUUAAAGUAAUGAUGGACUGUCGUUUCUCUUUGCUUAUUUGAGCUGUUCUUGCCAUAACAUGGACUUGGUAUUUUACCAAAUAGGGCUAUCUUUUGUAUACCUCCCCUACCUUGUCACAACAACUGAUUGGCUCAAAUGCAUGAAAAAGGAAAGAAAUUCCACAAAUUAACUUAACAAGGCACACCUGUUAAUUGAAAUGCAUUCCAGAUGACUACCUCAUGAAGUUGGUUGAGAGAAUGCAAAGUGUGCAAAGCUGUCAUCAAUGCAAAGGGUGGCUACUUUGAAGAAACUCAAAUAAAAUAUUUUGAUUAGUUUAACACUGAUUACUACAUGAUUCCAUGUGUUAUUUCAUAGUGUUGAAGUCUAUUAUUCUAUAAUGUAGAAUAAUAUAAAUAAAUUAAGAAAAACCCUGGAAUGAGUAGGUGUGUCAACUUUUGACUGGUACUGUUGAGAUAUAUAAAAUAGCUUUCCUUCACUUUUGUGUGUGCAGAGAGAAUGUUGUUCAUGUGCUUUAUUUGUCUUGGAGAGAAAAAAGGUUUUAAAUGUAGUCUGCACCUUUUAAAUGUUGAGCUUGUAUGUAAAUAUGGAGAAAAGGAGCUUUGUCGAUAUGCUGUGAAAAUUCUAUAAAGCGUGUCAAGAUGGCUGUGUGUCAAGACAGGCUACCUAGCCUGUCAUUUUAUUGCAGUAUUUAUGCAUGAAAGAUAUGGCUACUUGUGUAGGAUGUUUUCUUUUGAAUUGUAUUUGUUGGGGUUGCCUAUGUUGUAAUGGGAAAACAUGCACAUAUUUUAUUGUGUAAUAAAGGACUCAGCAAAGUCUAACAGAUCAUGUGUAAUGUACUGGUAUGUAUUUGCCAUUUUGCUAUGAUGGUGGAAUUUACUCUAGGUCAUGAAAGGUUAACAUGGGAAGCUAUUUUAAGUGUGUCUUUUAGAUUCAAGACUAUUCAUUUGUUCUCAAGCAAGACUCAUAACCACUGUCGCAAUACUUCAAAGCAACUUCCUUUUUGUAUUUUGUUUUAUGUUCAAAAGCAACCAAUAAGUUGCUAGUGGCCAUCCAGUUUGAUGUAACAGUAUUGCACCUCUAGCCUUCCUAAGAACCGCUGUAUUCAUUGCUUUUCAUUUUCCGUCGGGUGUUGAUAUAGGGCAAUUGUAUUUGUGUGCAUUGUAAAUAAAGAUGGAGGUGGAAUUGUGAA